AUGAAUGCCGAGGAUGCCGAGGAGCGGAAGCAGCGAAAGCGGCUGCAGAACCGCAUCAACCAGCGACAGAGAAGAUCGCGCAAGAGAGAGGAGGCGCAAGCCAGUAGCCAGAGUCAAAUCCAGCGCCCAUACCAAGUGGACAGGUGGCGGCACGUCUACCAGCACGACGCCAACGAGCCUGUUACUACUACUCGGAGACAAGUAGCAUCUGUGUCAACUCUCAUCGAGCAUGACACCAUCGAUAGCAGCCGAGUCUCGAGUCUCAGAGGAACAGGGCCCUCUCCCUUGGCACCCUCCGUGCGGCCCUUCCGGCCCUGUCCGACCCAGGACCAUCUGCUGCACCUCAUCCACGUCAACGUGCUGCGCGGCCUACUCGCCAACAAGAUGGCGCUACUUGCCUGCGCGCAGUAUCUCACCCGAGGCGUCACCUCCGCCGCCUCGGAGCUCCAGCCCACCCCCGCGGAGCUCGUCUUCCCCUGCCGCGCCGCCGUCGUCGCCGCCGUCGCCGCCGCCGUGGGCCUCCCCGCGUCGCUGGAGCCGACGCCGCUGCAGCGCACCGUCGUGCACGCCGCGUGCAUCGACCUGUUUCCCUUCCCGGGCGUCCGCGACGCCAUGAUCGCGCGCGAGGGGCGAGGCGGGCUCGACUUGGCGGCGCUCGUGGCGGACCUGGUCGGCGACCUGGUCGACCCGGCCUACUUCCUGGACGGCUCGCUGCCGCGACCAGAGACGACACCGCCGGCGAUGACGGGUGGCGGCAGUGAGGGGGAGGGGGAGGACGAUUACACGGCGAAUCGCAACGGCCUCAUCUUGUGGGGGGAGGCGCACCGCCCGGAGAGCUGGGAGGUGACGCCGGGUUUCCUCCGGCGAUGGGGCUGGCUGGUCAAGGACUGCCGAGGGGGGUUGGUCGAGUCGAGCAAUCGCUGGAGGGCGGCUCGGGGAGAGGAGCCGCUUUCGGGGUGA